AUGGAGUGGAUGAACCCUCUUAUGUGGCUUGGAUCAAGCAGGGAUUUGGAAUUAGACGAUCUGUUCGGAGUUCCACAGGAGGACGAAUCAGAAACUUUGGGAGACAAACUUCAGAGACAAUGGGAGAAGGAAUUGAAGAAGGCGGACAUCCUAGACGGCCAUUUGGACACGGGACAAAUGACGAAGAAGGAAAAGCAGAAGAUCAAAACGCCGAGUUUACUGAAAGCUAUCAUCAAGACAUUCGGAGGAAAGUACGCUCUGACUGGGAUCCUCGCCUUCAUCGAAGAAUGCGUGCUGAGGGUGACUCAGCCGGUAUUCAUGGCUAUGCUGAUACGAUAUUUCUCCGGGAACUGGGAAUAUGGAAACGAGACAUAUUGGGGCUGGCUAUUUGGUACCGGUGUCAUACUAUGCUCACUCCUAUACAUUUUUACGCAUCAUGCUCUCUUUUUCAACAUCGCAAGAUGCGGGAUGCAGAUCAGGGUCGCGUGUGGAUCCAUCAUCUACAGAAAAGCGUUGAAACUGAGCAAAUGUGCACUGGGUCGAACGACCGUCGGUCAGAUGGUGAACCUCCUAUCCAACGAUGUCAACAGAUUCGACCAAUCGGUCAUUUUUCUCCACUAUUUAUGGAUAGGGCCGAUUCAGGCUAUCAUCUCGACAGUAAUCCUUUGGUCGGAAUUUGGGAUCUCCUGCCUCUCAGGCAUUGCUAUUCUCAUCCUCUUCGUGCCCUUUCAAGGUUCUCGUCCUGCCCCUCACCCUUAUGCGAUUGGAAGCGCAAGUCAGAUGGGGCGGUGGUUUUCCCGUCUCCGUUCGAUGACUGCCAAGAAAACAGACGAAAGGGUUCGACUCAUGAACGAAAUCUUGAAUGCCAUGAGAGUAAUCAAGAUGUACGCAUGGGAAAAACCUUUUGCCAAAAUGGUCGAUCUUGCUAGAGAGAACGAGAUCAAUGUUAUCAGAAGGACGUCUUUUCUCCGGGGCAUUAACAUGGGCCUUUUCUAUACUUCGUCCAAAAUCAUUCUCCUCGUCAAUUUCAUCGUCUAUUUGAUGCUCGGCAAUGAACUCACUGCUGCAAAGGUGUUCCUUGCAGUGGCCCUGUAUAACAACAUACGAUUGGUCAUGACCUUUUACUUCCCUUUUGGGGUUGCUCAAGCAGCGGAAACUGUCAUCUCUAUCAAACGACUGCAGGAAUUCCUCCUCCAUGAGGAACUAAGGAAGCCAAACCACUUCAUGGAAUCCAGUCCCAGUGUCCUUAGUGCUGCUAAUCUAAGAAUAUCCACAAAAACGAGAACCUCUUCCAAUCAUGAUAGUGAUCUACUGGAUUCCGUCUUUCUGCAGAGUUCCUUGGUGCAAGCGAUCUUGGGUGAGUUACCAUUGGAGAGUGGUGAAUUACAGGUCAGGGGACGACUUGCAUACACAGGACAAGAACCCUGGGUCUUCGCUGGAUCUAUCCGUGAAAAUAUCACAUUCGGGAAAACGUAUGAUAAGACACUCUUUAGCCGAGUCGUACACGCCUGCGCACUUCUCAAGGACCUCAAGCAUUUCCCCCAUCGAGAACGGAGUCUUGUUGGGGACCGUGGAAUCACUCUCUCUGGUGGACAGAAAGCCCGCAUUUCUCUUGCCAGGUCUGGAUGCACAAUUAUUCUUCCUCAUUCUUGCCACAUUCAAGGUAUAAGCGCUCUUUUAAAAGAAGCACUGAGUUCUGAUGGUUUUGUUGCCGAUAGAGCGUUGUACCAAGAAGCAGACAUUUACCUGUUGGACGACCCAUUGUCAGCGGUAGACGCUCAUGUAGGACGACACCUAUUCAACAAAUGCAUCAUGGGAUACUUGAAAGACAAGCCGAGGAUAUUGGUCACUCAUCAGCUUCAGUUCCUCCGAAAGGCAGACGUCAUCAUCGUCUUAUCACAUGGGAAAGUGGCGACGAGUGGCACGUACGACGAACUGCUGAAAUCAGGAGUAGAUUUCACGAAAUUGAUGGUCACACAUGAGACUUCUCAUCAUCUCGAGGAAGAGCCGUCUUUGACGAGGAGAAAUAGAACCUGUUCUAAUGAAAGCUUGAAAAGUCUGGACUCUCAGACUUGCAUGGAGGAGGGACCUCCAACGAAAUUGCGAGACAAAGCCACCACACCGACACUCGCAGAAGAAAUGAGAUCUCGUGGGAGUUUAUCAGCAAGGAUAUACUGGGAUUACCUGAAGGCAGGUGCUGGAUGGUUCCUUCUCUUCCUCCUCAUCGUCAGUAACAUUCUCACUCAAAGUGCAUUCUCGGGCUCUGAUUGGUGGCUCUCGUACUGGUUCGUGCUCCCUAUCAAUGUUUCUGCCUUCCUCUCGAAGGAAGUCACUUGGAAGACUAAUGCUCAGCAGGAAGCGGCAAACAGAACUAAUGGUUCAACAGUGGAGAUACUCUUCGGCAAUCCACAACUGGAUCCAUGGACACCUAUGUACAUCUACGUGGCGAUCGUGGUAGCCUUGUUUUUACUCUCCAUCUUCAGGACGGUGUUGUUCUUCCAUAUCUGCAUGAAUUCUUCCAUCAACCUUCAUUCUCGCAUGUUCAAAUCUGUACUCCGAGCCCCAGUCACCUUCUUCGAUAACAAUCCAGUUGGCCGGAUCCUGAACAGAUUCAGCAAGGACGUCGGAGCAUCAGACGACAUGCUGCCUCCAACGGCUUUCGACAGUCUCGGAGUGGUUUGCCAAGUAUUGGGCAUCUCAGUACUUCUCUGCAUUGUCAAUUACUAUGUCGUCAUUAGCACAUUCGUUGUCAUGGUGGUCUUCAGUCGUCUACGUCACUUCUAUCUGAAUACGGCCAGAGACCUGAAGCGCCUCGAAUCCAUCACACGAAGUCCGGUCUUUUCUCAUCUGAGUGCUUCCUUGAAUGGGCUGGCGACCAUCAGAGCCUCGCAUGCCGAGAAUAUCUUCAUAAAGGAGUUUGACAAUCAUCAAGAUCUUCACACUUCCUCAUGGUUCCUUUUCCUAUCUGGCACCCGAUGGUUUGGCAUUUGGUUGGACUGGUUAAUUGUCGUCUAUCUGGCUGCAACCACCUACAGUUUCAUGGCAAUUGGUCAAGAGGCACUUGGUGGGGAUGUGGGGCUCGCGAUAUCCUCGGCAAUUAUGCUGACAGGGAUGUUUCAAUGGGGUGUACGACAGAGUGCAGAACUGGAAAAUCAGAUGACAUCUGUGGAGAGAAUCAUGGAAUAUUCCCGUUUGAAAGAAGAGGCGGCCCUCGAAUCUCCCCCUGACAAGAAGCCACCUUUAGGCUGGCCAUCAGAAGGGCAUGUGAAAUUCGAGCACGUUUCCCUACGAUAUGCCCCUGACUCAUCGCCGGUACUCAAGGACCUCACAUUCACAAUAGCGGCCAAAGAAAAGGAGAACCUGCCUUCUCUGUGGUUCCGGUACGGUCUCCAUGAAGUCCGACGGGGAAUCGCUAUCAUUCCACAAGAUCCAGUCCUCUUCCAGGGAACGAUGCGACGGAACCUUGACCCAUUCGAUGAGCAUUCGGACGAGGCUUUGUGGAAAGUCUUGGAACAGGUUCAGCUGAAGCAAUCAGUGAGUGGAAUGAAGGAAAAACUUGAUACGAAGCUCUCUGAAGGGGGAAGUAACUUCUCUGUCGGUCAGAGGCAGCUUGUCUGCCUGGCCAGGGCCCUCCUUCGUCAAAACAAAAUCCUUGUCCUUGAUGAAGCCACAGCCAACGUCGAUCCAGAGACAGAUGCCCUCAUCCAAGACACACUUAAAAGGAGUUUUAAUGAUUGCACUGUGUUGACGAUUGCACAUCGUUUGGAUACGAUCAUUGACAGCGAUAAAGUUCUCGUCCUUGACCACGGAGAAAUUAAGGCACAUGCGGAGAGGCAUCCAGAGAAACUAUCCAUUCUUCCUCCAUCUCCAUCGGAAGUGAAAGUCGAGGAGGAUGAUGAAUUGGAAUCAAUUUCUGAAGACGAUGGAGUAUCCAUUGAGGAAGCUACAUCUACCCAUCUGUAA